AUGGAGGAUGGCAGUGGAGAGGAUGAGGCUGGUCAAACCACAGUAAAAGCACAGAAAGGAAAAAAGCAGUCUCAAUUCUCCCUGUCCACCAAUGAUGAUGGCACACCCAUUCUUCCAAAUCUCUUGGACUUAUGGACACUGGAAUUAAAGGACAUCAUGAGGGUGUUUGUAACUGGCCAUUAUUGCUUGGCUUGUGGGAAGACAAAUGCCAGUGUACCUUGGGCUGCAAUAGCUGACAACCAGGCAUCCUAUGUGUCUUCCAAGUAUCUUCCUCCCAAUAUCCUGUUCAAAGAGCCCACCAGGCUGACAUAUCAUGAACUAAUCAAAACCUUGGAGUUCUGGAAGGAGUGGAGAUCUCAGGAUGGUUCCCUGGAGGAGCUGGUCACCAAACACCAACACUGGUCAGACAAAGCCAAAGGGAAGAGACCCUGGACAGAAGUAAAUUCCAUUGAUGGCUCCAACUAUGGACAUCACUCAGAGGAGGAACCAGCUCCUCCCACAAAACCUUCCACCAAAUGGCAAUGGAUAGAUGAUCAUCCCACUGGAAUAUCCAAUGCACAGGAGGACAACAGACAAUGGAACCAGUCCACAUCAGACUGGUGCAAUACAGCUACUGCAUACCCCAAGCCAGCUUGUAAGUGGUAUCUGGUGACAAUGAAUAUUUCUGAUAGAAUUGUAUCAGAUAAUCAUGCCAAUGAUGGUGGUGAUUCAACUGCAAGGAAGCCCAAGCCCAAGCCAAGAAUCAGAUCCAAUGGUUGGUUUCCAUGCACACUUGGUUAA